CAGCCAACAAACUCUCAACACCUCUGGGAACUCAUCAAGAUUGUUGUAAAACCAUUCCAGGUCACUACUAAGAGGAGGCUACUUUGAAGAAUCGAAAAUAAAAAAAAACAUUGUUUUAUUUAGCACGUUUUGGUUUCUUACAUAAUUCCAAUUUAUUCAUAGUUUGGAUGUAUUCACUAUUAUUGUACAUAUGAUGAAUAUAUACUAAAAAAUACAUAAAUGAAAAACACUGAAAGGGAUGGUAUGUUCAAACUUUUGACUUGACAUUUUUGGGAGAACAUCAGAAGCGUUUUUCGUGAAGACCUGGCAACCUCGACCCCUGUCGCCAUUGCUACAGCAAGCGCCCUCGUGUAGCGCAUGUGCACGAGGAAUAGCUUUCUGUGUUAUAGCUUAUUACAAAAGUGAGCAUUUUGAUAAAGAACGAUGAAGACCAAAGGCGUGAAGGCGACAAAGCGCUUUGGACCUUCCAAAAGAGGGAUCCUAGUAAAGGGCAAAUGGAAGGCCGUGGAGCUCGAUCCUAGCAUUUUUGCACAUGAGACCUUGGGAGAAGUGGUGUGUUUUGAGGAACUCUCAAAUUAUUCCCUGGUUGACUCUAAAAAGGCCGGAGUCAUCCCUGGGCUCUUGGAGGACAAAAAGAAGAAAAAAAAGAAGAGGAAAGCCACUGAGGUGGAGGAACAUGCUUUAGAGGAAGAUCAGGACGAAAUGAAACAUCUGUCAUCCAAAGAGUGUCCUGCGAAGAAGAGAAAAAAGAAAACGAAGCAGUAUAAGAGUGAUGAUGAGCUCACUGAUGAUGAGCGUGAACACAUGGAGAGUUUGGCUGAUGAAGGAGAGAGUGAAACACUACAAGACUCUGAUGAGUACACUGAGCUUCCUGCAGAGACAACACAAAAGACCAAGAAGAAAAAAAAGAAGAGAAGGAAAAAGAAAGCUACAGAAAAAUCAUUGACUGAUAAUAAAGUAGACCCUGCUAAUGUUGUUCUGGUUCCAUCUAAAAGUAAAUCCAAGAACUGGGCGGAUUUGUCGAAACCAGCAGGUCAGGACGCCGAUGUAUCGGCAUGGAAAGAUCUCUAUGUACCAGAGCCUGUGCUAAAGGCACUGAGCAAACUUGGAUUUUCUGCACCUACACCAAUUCAAGCUCUUGCUCUUCCUCCGGCAAUUCGAGAUCACCUGGACAUUCUUGGUGCAGCAGAAACAGGAAGUGGAAAGACUUUGGCUUUUGGAAUUCCGAUCAUCCACAGUAUAUUAGCGUGGAAGGAAACCCUUGACAGUAAAAACGCCAGUGAGGAACAGUCUGAUUCUGUUGCAGAGGUGCAUAGCAUUUACUUGCCUUCAGUCACAGUUUUAAAUGAUGAACGAGAUGAAACGAAUCCUACAGAGGAUGAAGGUAUCGUGAGUGGUGAAAAGGAGGAUGACGAUUGCGGUUCCGCUGAUGACCGUCAUUGUCAAGAUGAAGAUGACGUACCAGGCGAUGAGGAAGAUGCACUCCAAGGCAAGAGCUUUACAACAAAGAAAGAAGAAAAAGACGACAGAAAACAGCCUUUGCUUGGACUUGUUCUUACUCCGACCAGAGAACUAGCAGUGCAAGUCAAGCAUCAUAUUGAUGCUGUAGCACAGUUUACAGAUAUUAGGACUGCUCUUUUGGUGGGCGGGAUGGCACCGCAGAAACAAGACAGGAUGUUAAAACGCAGGCCAGAGAUUGUUAUCGCAACACCGGGGCGUCUGUGGGAGAUGAUUCAGGAUAAACAUCCUCAUCUGUGCAACCUAAAGCAGCUCAGGUGUUUGGUCAUUGACGAAGCUGAUCGCAUGGUUGAAAAAGGUCAUUUUGCUGAGCUUGAGAAUCUACUGGAAAUGCUCAGCACAUCCCAGUUCAACCCGAAGAGACAGACCUUUGUGUUCUCCGCCACACUGACCAUGAUCCACAGCCUCCCUUCUCGAGUGCUACACAAGAAAGGAAAGAAGCUGGACAGCGGCAAACUGGAGCUGCUAAUGGAAAAAGUAGGGAUCAAAGGCAAGCCUAAAGUGAUCGACCUCAGCAGGAAAGAAGCCACAGUGGAGACGCUGACUGAAACCAGGAUCCAGUGUGUCGCGGAGGAGAAAGAUUAUUACCUCUACUACUUCCUGCUGCAGUACCCUGGGCGCACUAUGGUGUUUGCCAACAGCAUCGACUGCAUCAAGAGGCUUAAUUCUCUGCUAACUAUUUUGGACUGCACCCCACUGCCACUGCAUGCUAACAUGCAUCAGAAACAGCGACUGAAAAACUUGGAGAGAUUUGCAGAGAGGGAGAGCUGUGUCCUUCUCACAACGGAUGUUGCUGCUCGAGGGCUGGACAUUCCAGAUGUCCAGCAUGUCAUCCACUAUCAGGUCCCCCGCACUUCUGAGACGUAUGUCCAUCGGAGUGGGCGUACUGCUCGUGCUGCAAAAGAGGGUCUCAGUUUGCUUCUGAUUGGUCCAGAUGAUAUGAUGAACUAUAAGAAAAUCUAUAGGACGCUGGGCAAGGAUGAGGAUCUUCCGAUGUUUCCAGUUCAGAACAAAUGCAUGACUGCCAUUAAGGAACGUGUCGAUGUGGCAAGAAAAAUAGAAAAGAUUGAAUUCUACAACAGCCGACAAAAGCAGCACAAUUCCUGGUUUAGACAAGCGGCAGAGGAAAUGGACAUAGACCUUGAUGAUGACAUGCUUUUGGGAGGAGGCAGGGAUGAAGAGGAUGAAACAGAGCAACAGAAACAUGUGAAAGGCUUAAAGAAACACCUGAAGCACCUGCUGUCCCAGCCAGUCUUCAAAAUCUACAUGAAGACUAAAUACCCUACUCAGAUGGGGAAACUUCAUCUGCCAGAGCUCAUGUUGACACAAGAAACAGCUCUCAUCAGUGUGACGAAAGAAAAAGACAAAAGCAAACAGAAGAAACGAAAAUGAAAACAGCAGAUCUAGUCAUAUUUUAAUGUAAAGGUUGAUGUAAUUCUUUUAUACAAAAUGGCAAGAUACAUGAACUGUCUAUGCAUUUUCCUAUUACAUUUGUCAACCUUAACAGAAAAGUGUAAAGAUUAUUUUUGGCCAUUUACAUGAUUUAAAAAAAAAACAUUGGCUUGUGCAAAAUGUUGGUCAUCCAUAAAUUGUUCCAGCCUGUUGGGUCCAAGCAUUA